GGCGGCGGCGGCGGGGGCAAGAUGGCGGACUUCCUGCCGUCUCGGUCGGUGCUGUCGGUGUGCUUCCCCGGCUGCGUGCUGACGAGCGGCGAGGCCGAGCAGCAGCGCAAGUCGAAGGAGAUCGACAAAUGCCUGUCGCGGGAGAAGACGUACGUGAAGCGGCUCGUGAAGAUCCUGCUGCUGGGCGCGGGCGAGAGCGGCAAGUCCACCUUCCUGAAGCAGAUGCGGAUCAUCCACGGGCAGGACUUCGACCAGCGUGCGCGCGAGGAGUUCCGCCCCACCAUCUACAGCAACGUGAUCAAAGGUAUGAGGGUGCUGGUAGAUGCCCGUGAGAAGCUUCAUAUUCCUUGGGGAGAUAAUGAAAACCAGCUUCAUGGAGACCAAGUGAUGGCGUUUGAUACCCGGGCCCCUAUGGCCGCCCAGGGAAUGGUGGAAACACGGGUGUUUUUACAGUAUCUUCCUGCUAUAAGAGCCUUAUGGGCGGACAGUGGUAUACAGAAUGCCUAUGACCGGCGUCGAGAAUUCCAACUGGGUGAAUCUGUAAAAUAUUUCCUGGAUAACUUGGAUAAACUUGGAGAACCAGAUUACAUUCCAUCGCAACAAGACAUUCUGCUUGCCAGAAGACCCACCAAAGGCAUCCAUGAGUACGACUUUGAAAUUAAAAAUGUUCCUUUCAAAAUGGUUGACGUGGGUGGUCAGAGGUCAGAGCGGAAACGCUGGUUUGAAUGCUUCGACAGUGUGACAUCAAUACUUUUUCUUGUUUCCUCAAGUGAAUUUGACCAGGUGCUUAUGGAGGAUCGGCUAACCAAUCGCCUUACAGAAUCUCUGAACAUUUUUGAAACAAUUGUCAAUAACCGGGUUUUCAGCAAUGUCUCUAUAAUUCUCUUCUUAAACAAGACAGACUUGCUUGAGGAGAAAGUGCAAAUUGUGAGCAUCAAAGACUACUUCCUAGAGUUUGAAGGGGAUCCACACUGCCUAAGAGACGUCCAGAAGUUUCUUGUGGAGUGUUUCCGGAACAAGCGCCGGGACCAGCAGCAGAAGCCUCUGUACCACCACUUCACCACCGCCAUCAACACGGAGAACAUCCGCCUCGUGUUCCGUGACGUGAAGGACACCAUUCUUCACGACAACCUCAAGCAGCUUAUGCUCCAGUGAUGUACAAAACACGUGCAUUUUAAUACUUGUUUAUGUUUUUGGUUGUUUUCUGUUUGUUUUGUUUUUUAAAAUAGCAGUUUACAACAACAGCAAUUAGAAAAAUCUCAAUUCUGUAUUUAACUUCUUGGAAUCUUAAUCCUUCCAUGGCCUUGGGUUUGUGGCUGAAAGCUGCUGGUACCUGCUGGAAUUUAGGCUUUGAUUGGUUUCAUCAUGGCCUCCAUCAAGUCCAGUUGUAACUUCCUAGCCAAGCUCAGACCUGGUGUAUUUCAGGCUUUCAAUUCCUAUACUUUUUCAAACUGAAAGCUCCCCUCCCCUAGUGCCAAGUUUCCUUAAAAAGGGUAGUAUUCUUAAAUACCUGUAGGAACGAGGUUAGGAACAGUCAGCUCUAAAACAAGUGAGAGACCGGAUGUGCUUUACCGAGCAGGACAUGCCCAGCACAGGCUGUCAGAGAAAGGUUUGACCUCAAGAACAGCAGUCUGGAGAAUUUGGCCUUCAUGUGUUUAAAUUGCUUACAUGUACACCAGUAGUUUGUUUUCAGCUUUGGUUUCUGAAGGUAAUAUUCUUAGUGUUUAAAAGUUUACAGUAAGGAUUUAUGGCCUGAUGGAAGAAUUCACAAAUGGUACUGGGGAGCAAAAGACACAUGUUAUGUAUAAUAUUAGGAUCAGAAGUACUCAGUGAACUACGAUUUGCCUUUUUCCUAUUUAAGUAUCAGGUAACUUAACGUGCCAUAUUGAAAACACUUUGCCUCAGCAGCAGCUAGAAGCUGUGAGAACCUUGGGAGCAAAAGUAAGUGCUCCUGUUGCAGCAGGCCGCGUGGGCUGCUCCGCCCUGCCUGUCCGCUUCGCGCCCCGCCGGAGGAAAUGGCAUUUUCUCCUCUUUCCUGUGCGCCACUGUCCCGGGUCUCAGCAACUUUGAACCGUGACAUUCAAGGGCUUCUUUUGUUAGUUGGAGCUUGCCAGCCAAGGACAGUAUUUCUUUUUAAACUGUUCAAGAAGGCACUGUUUGAGAGAUUCCUGUUCCUCUCUAGUCUGUGCUGAUAUAGCGCCAUGUACAUGGUUAUGAGAUGCCUGCUAUACUGAGGUACAUAUUAAUGUCUUAAGAAUGCUUCUAGAGAGAAGUAUUUUUUUUUGGUUCAUAAUUAAUGUUGAUUACCAGUUACAUUUGACUGCCCCCCACUGCUUUCGAUAUCAAACCACACCCAUGAAGUGGCCUUGUGAUUACAGAUGGGCUGGUAGUGACCUGGCGAGUAGCUGGUUUGCAGUACUGAGAAUCCUGUCUAGUAGGUUCUUUGUAGCGCUCAGGUGGAGUGCACAGACAGAAGGGCAAACCUUGGGACAGUUUUCUGCUUUUCCUGAAAAUUGUGAAUUAGACUGUCACGUCUCACUUUACUGUAUAGCUGACUGUGCUCUCAGGAGCACCUCUGGUCCUGGAAAGUUUGGUCAGCUUUGUGGCCCGCCAGCCUCCCACAGUGGUGGCUCUUGUUCCUCCUGGCCGUCCUUCCAGUGUGCUAACCAGGAAUUUGUUCUUGACAUGCCUGACUUCUUGGAUUUGAAAUUUCACUAUCAUUACAUUAGUAAAUUCCAGUGUCUUCUUGCCUUGGUAAUCCAACAUCAUGAUGCAGGUGGUGUUAAUAUAACAUGCAUAUUUCAAUAGUACCCUUCUAAUGCUUCUUGCCAAAAAGACUUUGUUGUUUAAAGUCACGAGGUUGCACAACUCAUGCUGAAGAACAUAGUGCACAUGCCUGGCAACGUGUGGCUCAUUCUAUGGAGGGUCUGCAGAGACAUGUAGCAAAUAGGUUUGCUUGACGGCCAAGACUAAGUCUAGAAAAGCAGAAGUCAAUUGCUUAUAGAAAGUGGACACGUAGUCUGUUUAAGUUAUACUACAGUUCGGUGGUGAGAACUGUAUAAAUACCGCCUGACAGAGCAAGAGUCAGAACUUCUCCAUUUUGAUAUCGGCAAGAAAUGAGGAGAGCACCUACUAGAUAUGGGAUCAUUUUGGGCCUUUGCAGUGUUUUUCUGAUGUAUGUGAUGCCUCAGAACAAAUGCCCUCUUGGAGGAUCUAAAAUGCAUUCUCUUCAAGGAUCUAGAAUAUAUUCUUUUAAAGGGUCUAGAAUAUAUUUGGAGGCAGUAAAUUACUGAUGUAUAGUUCAUUCAGGGUUGUUUAGACAUUCAGUAGAAGUGUGAGCUCAGCUGGAAAGCAUUAAUACACACGUUUUUCUUUGUUGUAUUUGAAAAUUAUUUGAAGAGUCAUACACCCACACCAUGAAAGCCACAUCUUUGCAAUUUGAAAUCCACUAUGUGGAGAGGAGGAAAAUGGAAUUCAAUCAGAAUGAAAAGGUGCUCAUAAUUUUCUACUGUGCUGACUUCCCCCAAUCUCUAAAAAUCAACUCAGAUUUAAAGUGUUUUGGUGUGCUUAAUUUCCAGAUCUUUGGUUAUGAUUUGGAAUAAAAUGUGCCUAAUUCUGUAUUACUUUCUCUUCUUAAAUCUGAUUGCCUUCUUACAUAUUUAAGGAAAUAUCACAUAAGUGUCUUGGUUACCUUGAAGAAAUUGAUGCUUCUAGAGCCGCCUUAAAUGAAAAAACAUCACAACUGUAGUCCUUCAUUUUUUAUAGGGAAAGGGCUUUGUCAGAUGUUUUCCUAAGAUCUAAUUCAAGAUGCUUUGCCACUUAACUGUUUAAUACCCUGAAUUGUGCUUUCUGCCAAAUGCUGUAUGAAAUUGAAGGCUCCAUUUCAGUUUUACCGAGUGGAAAGGGCACUUGGUGGCCAGACAUGGAAGUGUGAAGAGAGCAGGCUCCGUGGCUUCCCUGUUGCAUUGGUGGUACUUGACACCAAGGAGUCUCUGUGAGUCUCAAGUCAGGGCUGUUCAGGAAGGCCUCGUUCAGUUGGUGGCACUGGUUGGUGUAAAGUGGGAGGAAGUCAGACCAUGUUAGUACCAGAAGUAAUUAAAGUAUUGAUUUAGAUCCAGCAAAAAUCAUGUGCCUAUCAUUAAAUCUUAACUUUAUUGUAUACCCAAAUACUUGUAUCCUGUGUUUGUGACGAAAUGUAUUUUUCAGCACUAGUAUACAUAUCCGGUAAUGCCUUAUUUAUGUGAAAGAUAAAAUCACCAAGUUAUGCUAUUUGAUCCUGAAACUCAAAAUCACUAUUUGAGAAACCCUCAAAUUGGUACUUUCAUUAUUUAAUGAUACAUUUAGGCAAAACCUCAAACAAGCCAUUGGAAACAAGAUUCUCUGGGUUGCAAUUUGUAGCAAUUUCUAUAUAUGUGAAGAGAAGCUUAAUGUCAGUGUUAACUCCAGUUCUCUUGUUUGAGCCCAUGCACCAUCCCUGUAAAGCCCAGUCAAGCAUUUGUAACAAACACCCUAAUAAAUCUAGAGAAAGUU